UAUAAAAUUAGUUAGUUUAAACCACUCUGUUGUUGGUUUUGGCGACUGAAGAUGUGAGAGACACAUUUGAGCUUUUAUUAGCAUACUUACAGGGGCUUGUUAGUGUGUGGGGGGCGUAGUUUAGUCCAAGUGCACCGCCCAGACGAGGAGAGUCCAAAGUUGGGAGAAGUCUUCCUCGGUCCUGCCGCUGAAUGAAUCUGCAUCCUCGCUCUAUGUGUGGACUAAACCUUCAGCCGCCUCCCUACCAUCCAAACACAUUUUUUAAAGGUUUGUUAACCCCCUCAUAGUGGAAUUACUAUUGAGUAGGCAUCACUCCAGCAUCAAAAUCCAAACAUCCACCAUGGAGUCCUCCGCUCUUCUUCUUUGCCUCGCUGUUGUCAUCGUCUCUGCCUCAAGCCCGACAUGUGAUCCUGUGAAGCUCAGCGACAAUUCCCAGAACUACGUGAGGGAGAUGCAAAUAGGCUGUUGGACCAGCUUCAUUGGACAAGACAAGGCCGAGGUCCACAUCCUGAACCUGAACUUUGCUGCCACGGACGGGAAGAUGUUCUCUUUGGAAAUGGCCCAAGCAAGGCCGAUGAACCUGAUCGUCACGUCGCGCGAGACAGCCCACUGUCUCAUCAAUGAGGUCAACGCCGGUGUCAACAUAUACUUUUUACAGAGAAGCAACACCUCCACAGUUGUCCUGCACACCAACGGACAUCUCAGCAAUGUCCACACUGUCGACUUCCCCAGCGAGGACGAGGAGCUGGUCAAGUGGGCGACCAAGAAGUUCGGAGGUGUGACUUCCUUCACCACCGUCGCCAAUCCUAAAUUGAUGCUCUCGAAGGCAACAGAAGGAACAAAAGCAGGCUCUGAAGAAUGCAUACUCCAAAAUGAAGAUCCCUCAGAAAAGCAGUUCAUGAUGAUUGAAGCAGAGUCCACAUUCAAGUCCUGUUCUCCGCAGCAAAGCGCAGACGACCCCGAUCUUCAUAUCAUAAACAUCCCAGGGGACGCUGACAUUCGCAACGUCUCGGUUCGCGUGGACAGAAAGAAGACCAGCGUGUUCCUGCGGGGUCCACAGGGCACUACGUGGACGUUCCUCAAUCUACAGCACACCAAGUUUUGUAGUAACAACGAGAUCCUGCUGCCCGCCUUCGCCCACAGAAUCCAGCCGGAAAUCACGAUGAGCAGUGACAAAGCUGAGGACGUGCAGAGGAAGGCUUUGGAUUAUUUCAAAGUGGCCACGUUCACCAGCUACACCGAAAUCCGAUCGGAAGAGUCGACAUUGUUACUGGUUCUUGGUCAGGAAAGCUCCACAGUGACAACCACGGUAGCAGAACCCACCCUGUCCUCCACCACGGUGCCGCCUGAUCAGAUGCCUCUGUUGAUGCAGCUGUACACGUCCCCGGAUUACCGCUCGCCUCUGGACCCCAACGCCAAGGUGCAGAGCGACAAGAGAAUCUACGCAGAGAUUUCGGGCAACACUCUAGGCGCCAUGGUUUUGACCAUCCAGGUGAUCAGCUGUUUCGUGCGCUCCAAGGGCUCCUGCCCGGUCGUCAAGGAGCUUCCCUUCAUUCCCGAGUACUGCUCCUUGAAUUCCUGUCCCAACAGCACGCGACUCAGCUUCUCCCUGGAUCAGCUCCACGAGCUGACCUCCACCACCUGGGACGUGGAAUGUUCCGUCAAACUUUGCUACAGCCAGAAAUGUGUCGACGGGGGAAGAGUGAAGAGGAACCUGGAGGUCACCCCGCCUUGUCAGCAAACACUAAACCCUCCGUGCUUUGAUUUCGGCCUCCCCGGUGUCCUGGGCAUCGCGUUCGGAGGCUUCCUAAUAGGAGUGCUACUCAUUGGAGCAUUGUGGUUCAUCAAAAUCAAAACAGGUUACCCAACCGGACUGGACAUGGCCUCUCCUCUUUCUUCUGGGUGUCCCUGCUCAGGAGCCAAGCGACAACCGGUGUCCUCCAACCCGUCGCCCUCUGAGAACAGUAGCGCCAACGCCAGCAUCGGCAGCACCCAAAGUACGCCCACCAGCAGCAUGGCAUGAGAUGGAGGGUGACCACCCACCAACCUCCCCCCAGCAGCAGUCCGCAUCUCCCCUUAAAUUCAUGGUUUUCUCUCACAAAGCCGCCCUCCUCACUUCCAUCUAAAAGCACAACCCUCAUCUUUGCCACACAAGCAUGGACGUCCUGGAGAGGGAGGGGGGGAG